UUUUCUUUUCUCUUUUUUUUUUCUUCUUCGUCUCCACUCAACUGCCUGCGCCGCCGCAAAGAGCACGCUGUCUUCAAAAUUAUCCGAAAAAACUAUCGGAUCAAAUCCAACCUUCGCCCAAUCGCCGCCGCCCGGUGAUUUCGCCGCCAACUUUCAACCUUACUACGCCGUCGGUUGUUCGAGAGAGGUUCUCCUUCAGCCGGUUCGACCGAUGGGUUGUGUUCCUGCUGUCUUCAACCACUGCACAUCACCAUCAUCGCCGAUUUCACAGUCGCCCUCUGGCCGAGAAAGAGCUCCUUCCUCCAAAUGUCUCUCCCGGAGCAGCAACAGCAUCAUCCUCGUCCCCCCUAACUUCUUACAUGUUUUCAACCAUAUCUCCCACCCACCUCUAUCGAUUUCGCCGUUGGUGCCCUCGAGAGCAGCUCCUACGCCGUCGACGUAUUCCCCAACUCGUGAAGUAGAAAAUUUUCAGCCGUUUGAUCGUUCCCAAAGUUUAGAAGUAGGGCUACACUAUGUGGGUUUCGGUGUUGGACAGAUUACUCUAUACCCGGUUCUUAUAAGAAAGGGAUCAACAGUUUUUGCUCUUUAUGGCCUUGGAAAUAUCAAUUCCCAAAUAGAAUGUUUCAGACCUCACAUGCUGCGCAACGGAUACGUCCCGAAGCCCAAGAGCGCUAUCAAAUUUCUAUUUGGUUCAAUAUGUUGGUACUUUGUCAGAAUAGCCUUAGGUUUCUGCUGCUUAAUUCCCACACUAUUUCAUAAAGUUGUCGAAUAUAUUCCUGAUGCCAUUGCUGCAUCUGAUUGCAUGCUUGUUAUAUGGGACGUCAGUCAAGUUCUGGCAUACAAGAUAUCAUUGUGUGUUGUUUGCUGGGACUUACUUCAAUAAAGAACAUUUAUUAAGAAAUAUAUUCGAAGUUAAGUUGUUCUUUUCUAAUGCAAUGGAGCUUGAAUAUUAUUAUUGUUAUUAUAGAAUAUUGUCUUGUUGUAUUUUCGAGCUUGUGUAUUAUUCAUAGAAUAUUUCUCAAAUUAUGUUUACCAAAAAUUUAUUUGGAAUUGUAGAAAUUAAGAUCUCUUUUGAAUUUAUUUUUCUUUUAUCUUUUUUCUAUAUGCGUCUUUGAUAGAAGGUAAUUUCUAAUAGAUAAUUGAUAAAACUAUAUUUGUUAUUAGUUGUGACUGUUGGUUUCUUUAUGUUAUUCACUUCCGCAGUCGCUACCCGAGAUUGCGUACUGGAUAAAUCCCCCGGCCGAACCUAAUUAAGUAGAUCAUUGACUGGAGUCUUCAAUGGAGACGUUAAUCUGGAUGUUAAUUAGUAAUGAUGCCUUGAAGUGAAAAUUAAUAUCAUAAUUAUCAAUUUUGAUUCAAUUGAAAUAUUUUUAUCAAUUUUGGUCGCACACAAAUGAAAAUUUAUCAAUUUUAGUCUCAUGAUAAUUGACUGAGAUUGAACAUGGCCGUAUUGGUUUGAACACGGCCGUGUUGGAUGACUAAAAAGGGUGACUAGGUGUCUCCAACACUUUCGUAUUGAUUACCCUGCAUUGAACAUGGCCGUGUUCAUGUCUCUGUUCUAGGCCAUAUUCACGACUAUCUUCUCAACAUAGCUAUGUUCACAACCAUUAUCUAGGUCAUGUUCACGACCUUAUUUUCAGUAUAGUCGUAUUGUAAAUCAUAUUUA